AUGGAUGGGACCACAGGCGAGGACAACACUAAGGUAUUGGUGAACUCUGGAGUGGACCCUAUGGAGCCUACAGAGCCUGCGGUGGAUCCUCUGACGGUCAGUCAUGUGACCGAAGCUGUAAAGACUGAAGACAUAAAGUUAGAGGAUCAAAACUCACCUGUUCUGGAGAAAAAGGACUUGGUUCCAGGCAGAGAGGAGGGAAGUGGGAACCUGGGGGCCUCCUCGGGGUAUGCCCUGGAUGAACUCAUGGACAUUGGGACCGUGGACCAAGAGGAACAAGAGGCGCAAAUCAAAGAAGAAGAAGAAACAGACACGACAGCAGCGGCUUCAGGGAGUUCUUCUCCUGCCACUUUAGUCAACGGCACCAAAGUGAAAACAACGGAGUCUCUGGAGUCCAACAGUUCGUCUCCAGCUUUGGUCCAAGUGAAAGAUGAGCCUCAGGACGAAGAGUACGACCGAGCACUGAUCGCAUCUGCUGCUGUGAAGGACGAAGAGGAACCAGAGAAUAACCUGCAGAUCGGGGCAGUCUUCUCGGUGCCUCCGGAGAAGCCGCCUCAGGCCGUCCAGGGAAACAUGGCGUGUUCCAGGUGUAAAAAGUCUCUGGUCAAAGGUCAGACGGCGUUUCAGAGGAAAGGAUGCCCCAACGUCUACUGCUCCACCAACUGCCUCACCGCCAACCUCAAGAAAGCAGACGUCCGCAGCUGCUUCCAGUGCUCAAAGGUGAUCCUGCGGAUCCCAGACAUCAUCAAUUAUCCGGAUUCUUCUGGGAUCAUGAGGAACUUCUGCAGUCAGUCCUGUCUCUUCAGCUUCAAGAAGAAUCCUGCUCCAGGACCAGGACCAGGACCGUCCAAGUCGAUCCCAGAUGUGCUCUGCAGCAUCUGCAGCAGCUUCUCCCCGUCCAAACACGAGGUGACACUUAGAGGCGCCACACACCGACUCUGCAGCGACGAGUGUUUCCAUAAGUUCCGGACGUCGAACAAACUGUCGAUGUCGGGAUGUGUCCAGUGCGGCUCCUUCAUCAGCAACAAACCACUGCUGCUGAUCCUCAGCGACGGCAACCGGAGCUUCUGUAGCCAAAGCUGCCUCGCCAGACACAAGGAGAAGAGCUCGCUGGUCGUGCCCUGUACCAUGUGUCGCGCCUCUCGGACUCUGGCGGAGGCUGUGGACAGCACCAACUCUGACGACUCGGUCCAUCUGUUCUGUAGCACCAGCUGCAUCAUGGCCCACAAGGUCCAGACCGUCAGCACCUCCGGGGCGAGGUUGGCCUGUGACGCCUGCACCAAGGUCUCUGUACCUUUGUAUCAUUUGGCCAUGUCCGACACGUCCAUCAGAAACUUCUGCUCUCUACCUUGUGUCCUGUCAUUCCAGGACAAGUUUAAGAAGCUGCCAAACGUCUUCACGAAGUUGCCGGUGCCAGGCUCGCCUCAGAACCUCCAGAUCCAACUGUCUCCUGCCCCCGCAACUGCCGUCGCCCCCGCCGCCGCCACCCCCGCCGCCGCCUCCACAGUCGCCACCGUCGCCGCCGUGACAAACACGCCAACAAAGGGUCUGAGCUGCCGCCAGUGUGACACCAAAGUCACUCAGAAGCCGGAGGUCCUGCAGCUGGAGGGCAAGUUGGUUUUCUUCUGUAGCCAGAACUGCCUCCUGGAUUUCAAAACCACCAACUUUCUGUUUAACACGUGCGAUUACUGCAAAGUGGAAAAAGUCACCAGAGAAGUCAAACGGAUGGUGUCCAAGAUCUGCCACUUCUGCAGCGACGGCUGUAAGUUGCUGUACAGACACGACCUGACCAAAGGUUGGGGAAACUACUGUCAGUCGUGCAGUUACUGUCACUCUCUGUCAAAGAAGUGCACUGGAGCCUAUUAUGGAACUUCCUCUGAGGAUUUCUGCUCCGAUAUCUGUCGAACCAAGUACACCAUGCUCUUCUGCCACGUGUCGAAAUGUGACUUCUGUGAUCGUAAAGGCAUCCUGAAGCAGAGUUUGCCUCUUUUGGGAGACCCUAAACACUUCUGCCAAGUCUCCUGUAUGUUGAAGUUCUGCAUAAAGACCACACAGGAGCAGGGGCCACUAAACCUCAAACCUGCUACUCCUGUCAUCGCUAACGUAAUGUCGCUCGCCAGCUCUCCACAAACUCAGACCGUGACCAGAGAAAUGUUUUAUAAAGUCCCGUUGUCGUCGUCAGAAGUCAAAAGCGCCAUGGCGGCAAAGAUAAACACCAGACAGGCUCCUGCCCCUCCUGCUCCUGCUCCAUCUGCCAAAGUCAUGAAGAACAAAGCUCUGCUCUGCAAACCUCUCGUUCAGAACAAAGGAAUCUCCUGUAAGACACAGACGGUGGACGCUGAGAUGCAAACAGAUAAAACUCCCAACAUCCUGAUCGUGCCGGUGCCAGUCCCGGUCUACGUCCCGGUGCCCAUGGGGAUGUACAGCCAGUGCACGCCGCAGGCUCUGGGGCUGCCUUUCCCUCUCCCUGUGCCCAUGUUUCUGCCGGUGUCGACCAACAACGCAGAGAAGAUUGUGGAAACCAUUCAGGAGAUCAAAGAGAAGAUUCCGUCUGAUCCGUUUGAGGCCGAGCUCAUCCUGAUGGCGGAGAUGGUCGCCGAGGACACGGAAAAACCACAAGAGAAACCUACGGAGAACCGGAGCAAAGUGGAGGCAGCUGCACAAGGACGCAGCAGCAGCAGCGACGAGUUGGACGUGGAUGAUUUGAACUCGUACCUGAAAGACUGGGACGACACCAACUCCAGCCCCAGGACGCCGGGGCAACCGUUCACCAAUGAGAAGCUCCCGUCGCUGAUGGACAUCCCCGUGGCAACGCCCAACGUCCAGUACCGGGACAACCGCAUCUACACCCCCCCUGCCCUGGACCUGGAGGCCGACCAGCCCAUCGAGUUCUUGGAGAGAUUGUCCCAAACGAGAGAAGAGGCGUUAUCCCGAGUUCCAUCGCCUCCUUCAAGACACCCUCGAAAAGCCCGAGAGAAAAGACGAGGUCGUAGGCCAAAGCGGUACGCCCGGUCCCCAGAGCCGGAAGAGGAGCCCAGCCCUCCGCCCGCCGUCGAUCAGGCUCCGAAACUCAAGAGCGAAUAUGGACUCAACGCUUGGAAACACUGGGUCCAAUGGAGACGGAACCAGCCAGAGCUGCAGCAGCUGCGCCUCAGUGCUCGGCCGAUCGAGUUGCGGGAGGACGUCCUGCAGUUUCCCACCGCGGAGCUCAGUCUGUGUCUGUGUUACUUCAUUUCUGAAGUGAAGCGUCCGAACGGCGAGCCGUACUCUCCAGACGGACUCUUCUAUCUCUGCCUCGGCAUCCAGAAGGUAACUAUGGAUAUGUUUACAUGA